CCGGUAGCGAAGGAUGUUGAAAGAAAGGGAAGACCAGGACCUGGAAAUAUGCAAAGCCCCAUCGCCCUCUUCUGAGGAUAGAAAGCUACACGAUUCGGAUAUUGAUCCUGUUGGAUCGCAACGUGUUUACAAGAAAACAUCCUCCAACCAGCUGCUAACGUUGUACCUUGGGAGUCGGGAACUGGUUGCUCGGAAAGGAGUUAUCGAACCACUCAAGGGCGUGCUCUACAUCGAUUCGAAAAUAGUCAACGAGUCUAAAAUUUACGGACAGCUCACAUUAACUUUUCGCUAUGGGCGUGAGGACGAAGAAGUUAUGGGACUUAAGUUCUGCAAUGAAGCCGUUAUUGCUUUGCAACAGUUUUGGCCACGACCGGCAGGCUGCGAAGUGGAGUCGCUUACACCGUUGCAGGAAGCACUAUUGGAAAGGCUAGGAAAAAAUGCGGUUCCCUUUACGCUGGAAAUUGGAACGCUGGCACCACCGAGUGUGCAGCUGCUACCGGCAAAACGUUACACCGGAGCUCCGAUCGGUACCAGCUACGACGUAAGGGUUUACACGGCAGAAACGUCGGGAGACGAACGUGUCCAGCGUCGAUCGACUGUGAGAUUAGGUAUAAGAUUAAUCCAUAAGAUCUGCCUUGAUAGUACCAAAGCGCCGGCCGCUCUCGAGACGGCCACAGUAAAUAAUUCUUCCUUCAACGAUGGUAGCAGCCUCAGUGCGGCUUCCUCCGGAACUGGCCCUGGACCGAAAACCCCUCCAGCCCUGGCUCCUCAAGCCUCGAUCGCCUGCGGGCCGGACAGCAACGCUAGCAGCACCGUGCCUCGAGCUCUACGGUUGCGCCUUUCGCCAAAAUCCCUGAAGCUAUCAUCGCUCCACCGGCACAGCAGCAGCGUUGACAGUACAAACGGAGGCAUCAAGUCCUACGGCGAUCAUGCCAUCAUCGAGCUGACAGAAACGAAUAAGGGACCGCAGCUAUCUGUCGACAAACCAUUCUUGUGGGCUGACGGCCGUGUCAACCUGAAGGCAUCCCUCAACAAGGCGGCCUAUGUGCAUGGCGAAAACGUAACGGUUACCCUUGACAUCAAGAAUGACAGUCGGAAAAUUGUCCGGAAAAUUCGGUUGGUCGCAGUGCAGCAUGUGGACGUGUGCAUGUUCAGUAAUGGAAAAUUUAAAAACAUCGUCGCCGAGGUGGACGUCAGCAAACAUAUCGGACCGGGAGACACGCUUCACGCAUCCUACUCUCUGCUUCCGGUCAGAGGAACCACAAAAAAUUGGAUCGCCGUAGAAGGUGCCUUAGUCAGCAGUAACAGCGCUGAUCCGAGCUCGUCGGCCUACAAUUCUAAGCUGGCCACCAGCGCCCCGCGUGGCAUGCUGUCCGCCUCCGUAAGCUCGACAGAGGAGAAGAAUGUGUUCGCCAUCUACGUAUCAUACUACGUCAAAGUAAAAUUAAUACUCAGCAGCAUGGGUGGCGAAGUAUCGCUGAAGCUACCAUUCGUGCUCGGCAACGUGGAGCUUAGCAACAACCCAGACGGCUCCAAGCCGCCGGAUACGUUGAGCGGGCUCAAGAAGAUGCGAGAGAUGCGACGAAAGUCUUCGGCCAUCACCACCAACGGUGGAGUCGGUGGAAGUCUCGACUUUACGCCCUGCCGAUCACCACUGUCCAAAGAACUUAGCGUGCGUGAUACCGACGAGCCUGAGGACGAAACUAUAGAAAGCGCCUCGCGUGUAAAAACCGUUAACCAGCACAAUCAGAUCUCCGCAACGGAAGUAGCAAGCGUCCGAUCCAGCCGUCGGAUACUGACAGAUGUGUCUCCCUCGGACAGCAGCGGGCCGCGGGAAGAACAGAUAACAAUCAACAGCCGUCGGGAGCUGUUCAAGAACUCCAAGUUCAAUGACAACCUUAGCAGUACAAUCGACAUAAUAACGGAAGACUUCCAGACGAUCACGGCCAACAUUUCCAACCUGAUUAAGUCGGACUCGAGCAAAUCGAAUUUGAACGAGGCCGGCACCUGCAACCAGGAGAUUAGUGUCGAAGCUCAGAUCCACUGUCCCCAGAUGGGCACCACAAUGGACGACAGAAUCAGCAAUCAGCCGUCACCGCAACGCUCCCCCCAGAGAUCCCCACAGCGGUCACCAUUGCGACGGCCAGAACAUUGA